CUGGCAGCCUCAAGAAGGUUUCUGCCGCGCACGGAGAAGACCGUGCGGAGUAAAGUCAAAACUCCAGUCGUUUUGUGUUGCCUACAUUGAAGAUACGAAAAAAAACUUCAUCGGAGAAGUUCGCAUUACGAACCUAUAUUAAGUCUAAGGAUUUUUUUUUACGAUUUUGCUACACUUUAAUACGGAGGGUUAUAUAAAUGUAGUGACGAAUAAAAGGGAGAUUUUGCUCGUUAAGCGAUAGAGGAAUUAGUAUGUUGUAGGCUAAUAACGUUAGUAUACAGUUCAGAGGCGGUUUGCUUGGUGCUACGUUAACGUGGAUCCCCAGGGAGGGAAUAUCACUACUACGACCCACAGUGAAGUGUUUCUGAGGAAGAGUCUCUUCGGUCUUCCGCGGCUUGUUGCUGCUAAAGUUCCCCGGCGGUAGGUGCAGCCACGCCGGGGGAAGCACAGCGCGACGGCCGCUACAGGCUAGCUCGCCUGGUGCUUCUGCUUCGUGGAUCGAGGCCUGCUCGGUGAGGCGACAAUGCUUGACAUAAUGUCCGAGCACCAAGAUUCACUGUUAUCGUGCAAAACGGAACCAUUGCCCCCAGAGCGGAAAAAGAGGACGGUUGAGGACUUCAACAAGUUCUGCAGCUUUGUCCUGGCGUACGCUGGUUACAUCCCCAGUCCAAAAGAGGAAAAUUCAUGGUCCCCAACAUCAUCCAGCUCUGCACACAGUUCAGGGUUGUCAGCAGAUGGAGGUGGUGGAGGCAGCAGCUCCACCGGCAAUACUUGGCCAGACGGGAGCUCCGACAUCCACACCAUCCAUACGUUUGUUCGCAAAGCUCGGGCAAAUAAGGGCAAAAGUAUUCGCCGCAUGCACUCUGACAGCACUCUGCUGGACAAGAUGCGCCUUAAAGACUCCCUGUACGAGAGCCAGGCCAGCUCUAAGGCCGAGCGCAAGAAGGACAAAAAACUGAAAAAGCUGUCGCUGGGUUCCGGCAUGACGGCGGCAGACAGCGGCAGUAGCGAAGGCGAGAAAAGAGCCCGCAUCAAACGCAGCAAAAACUCAAAACAGCCAAAGCCCAAGAAGCUCAAAAGCUCCACUACUCAAAGUGAGACAGACUCUGAGGCUCAGCAUGCACACACAGAGGUACGACCCGCCAGGGAGGAGCUGACGGAACACGGGGGCUCCACCCCGAGCAUGCAGGGCCUGGGGAAGAUGCAGCCCGACGAGUCCAUGAGGGAAGCAGAGAUGAGCUCCAGUGAGGGGGAGACCUGGAUCGCCGAUGAAGACAUUAUGGUGGAGUCAGGGGAUGAUUCGUGGGACUUGAUCACCUGUUACUGUGGGAAGCCAUUUGCAGGGCGGCCAAUGAUCGAGUGCAACCAGUGCGGCAUUUGGGUGCACUUGUCGUGUGCAAAGAUCAAGAAGUCCAACGUUCCAGACAUCUUUUACUGCCACAAGUGCAGGGACUUGCGGCGGUCUGGACACAAAAAAGAUCCGUAGACCCGCAGAGGACGGGAGGGACGAGGAGCACCCGCCCUGUUUUUGCUGUCCUCUUUGACACUCGUUUGCUUUGAUGCCUACAGCCAAAACAGCCUAAAUUAUCACGUGGAUGGCAACGGUUUUGUCAGUUUGUAGGAUUUCUUUUUUGACAAUCACAACCAUUCUUAUUUAUCCCUCAUGGUUUCUUUUACGUUUCUUCCUUCAUUUUUCUUUGGCUACUGUGAAGAACUGGACAGAAGGCAACAGUAACAAUGGAGACUCACUUAUUUGUUACUAAUUAAUUGGCUUUUUUGUUGUACACUGUGCUGGUGAUGUGCACAUAAACUUUCACAUUUAAUCUCGUAUCCACUGUAGGUGAACUUUGAGUUGUAAAUUAUUUCUCGAGGUUAUUGACAAAUCAGUGAAGAUUUCCCUUUCGAAGUACAAUUUUCCGUUUGAAGCCAUUUCCUUUCAACUUCCAAUCAAUGCAAGUUUUACACAUUGGCAAAAAUGAAUAGCGUAAGAGAUGGACGAUGUCACCCCUCUUAUUUGUUUAGAAGUAUGUCACAAUGUCGGAUGAGGAGCUCGUUUUCUAUUUGAUUGUAUUUUGCCGAUUUUAUUUUUGAGUUGGUGUUUUUUGGUUUUGGUUGUCAGUGAUGAUCACUGAACUUUUCAAAUGUAGAGAUUUCACGCCCCAAGAAAAAGUGGUCUUCAAAUUCAUAGAAUCAACUUUUAUUCAUUUAUUAUUUUGUAUCUAAAUUGCUACAUUUUCAAAUUGCACACAGGCAAGUCUUGCAGCAGUGCACUUUUUAAAAUAUGAACCCAAAUACCAUCCCUCUGCAUAUAUGGGUGGUAUUUGGGAUACGAUGGGCUGCGGCUGAUUGAAAUCUGUACUUGGCAUGUAGCUGUGUACAUUCAUGAUUGAGCGCUUAAUGUUUCUUCCUGUCUGGCUUGUUAAUCAAUGAUGGCCAUUUACCAUGAACAACAUUGACAUUGGAAGCUGUUAAAUUUUGAUGUUUCUGUUUCAUGUGUGGUUUUAGUUUUUCCAUUGUUUUAAAAACUCAUCUGAGGGCGUAACAUUGCUGUGAGACGGGAUGGUUUAGCAGUGCUUUACAAGAUCUGAGGCUCGUUUAAGAAUGGUUGUAAAAAAAAUUUUUUUUUUCUGUUUCAUGUAAUUGUUUAUUUCUUAGCUUUCUGAGGAGCGGGAUUAGGGAUGCGCCCCGCAUCAGAGAAUGGACAUAAGAUUGUCUCACAUCGAGAACAAAGUUGUAGUGUACAGAAAAUAAGUUGACACCGCAUAGGUCGCGGCGUUUGUUUAUGUUGUUUGGUUUACCAUGUGCUUUUUCUUUUGUUGGUGGGAGAGUCUUGUUCUCCAGUAGCAGUUGCACUCUCUCUACAACUUCAAUUCUGUGUACAUAUCCUGUUCUUUGACAACUGUACAUAUGUGAAAGUGAAGAGAGAAAAUACCCAAGCAAAAUCUAUAUUUUCUGCAGUCUGAUAUUGUUUUCUUUAAUUGUAGCUUGAAAAAUAAAAGUCUUUGGGAACAUAA